AAAAUCAUCUUUUACGACUUUCUACCUGCUUUGAUCAAUGAGGAAGUUAAACCGUACACAAAGUAUAUGCCGCAUGUACCUCCCGGUAUUUCACAUGCAUUUGCGGCUGCCGCCUUCCGAUUUCCACAUAGCAUUGUGCCACCGGCGAUGAUUCUUCGAAAAAAUGUCAAUGCUUGCAAGUUUCGUGAAGAAGUUGGCGGUUUCCCGGCUCUUCGACUCUGCCAAAAUUGGUGGAACGCACAGGAUAUUGUUCAAGAGUAUUCAGUAGAUGAAAUCAUUCUUGGAAUGGCUUCACAAGUAAGCGAAGCUGACGAUAUUAUUGUGGUAGAAGACCUUCGAGACUUCAUCUUCGGCCCAAUGCACUUCACACGGUUGGAUGUAGUCGCUUCAUCUAUCAUGCGAGGACGGGACAACGGUCUUCCAUCCUAUAAUGUGCUAAGAAAGACAUUUAAUCUUCCCGAAAAGGAAUGGCACACGAUUAACCCGAAACUCUACAAAACCAACAAAACGAUGUUCGACAAACUAGCUGCUCUUUAUGGUAGUAUUGACUAUUUGGACGCCUACGUUGGUGGUAUGCUUGAAGUUGAUAAUGGACCAGGCGAGUUAUUCAAGGCGAUCAUCAAAGACCAAUUCGAACGACUUCGUGACUCGGACAGGUUUUGGUUCGAAAACAGACAGAAUGGGCUGUUCACUGAAGAGGAAAUCAAGGAAAUUCACAAUAUCACUUUGAGAGACAUUAUACGUGCUACUACAGAAAUAUCAGAUCAGUGGCUGCAGGAAGAUGUGUUCUUUUUCAAAGAUGGUGAUCCAUGCCCACAGCCUUUCCAAGUUAAUGCUACAGGGCUUGAGCAAUGCGUUCCGUUUAUGAGGUUCGAUCAUUUCACCGGCAACGAAGUUACCUACAUCUUCACUCUUAUCGGUCUUGGAUGUAUUCCUUUGAUCUGCAUCGGUAUUGGCUAUGUACUAGUCCAAAGACGUCGUCGAAUGGGAUGGGACAGCUCGUUCGACGAUUUGUCCGCCACAGCUGUCGACGACGAUGCACCGAAUGAUCGUUAUCACAUUCAAGCUUUCGAAUGGCUUCAAGAAUGUUAUGUUCGCCAAGUGAUCGUCGAGUUCUCUCCUGGUACCAUGACCCUUCGUAAACCACGUGGACCAAUUUUGAGGAAAAUGAUUUUCCCCGAAAAUGCUGAGGUUCUCCGACUCCCAUCCGACAAACACUUACCAGAGUUCCUAGCAGCACUAACGAGUUCUUUGAAGAAACUUGAUGGACAAGUGACUUCGAUUCCAAUAGCAAACGACGUCUUACUCGAGAAAGCUGAAACAAAAGAUCGCCGCCAGCAGCGUCUGGACCACUUCUUCCGGGAGGCUUAUGCUCGUGCAUUCAACCAACCAAAACUGAGUGAUGCGCAAGCCCAUGAAGAAGACAAUGGAGAUAUCCUUAACCAGACAAUUACCAGGUACGAACUGGCUCAGGCGAUGGGAAUGAGGGAAACUGACAUGUUCGUCCAAAGAAUGUUCUCAGUUACUUCGCAUAAUGAUAGCGACGUCAUCACAUUCGCCGAGUUCCUCGAAGUUCUCAGGAAGUACGAACUGGCUCAGGCGAUGGGAAUGAGGGAAACUGACAUGUUCGUCCAAAGAAUGUUCUCAGUUACUUCGCAUAAUGAUAGCGACGUCAUCACAUUCGCCGAGUUCCUGGAAGUUCUCAGGAAGUUCAGCGAAGGAAGUGUAAAGGACAAGUACAAACUUCUUUUUGCAAUGUGUGAUGUUCAUGGAACCGGCAGAGUUCGUCGUAGUGAAUUUGCUGAGUUCGUGCGAUCGCUGAAUGCCGUUGUCGGCGUCAGCAUCACUGAAAGUAUCAAUCCUGGUUCGGAGUACUUAACUGCAAGCGAUUUUGAAGCGAUCUUCUCACAAGUCGAUGAACGCCGUCCCAUUGGCGUCGAUUUCCGAGGUGCAAAAAUUAAAGUGAAUCUGCACGAAACCGCCUCGUUGAGCUCGUUUGCCGUUUCUGCAGUUUCCGAAUAUCACCGACUGCCUCGAAAUGUUUGGGGCUCGAUCGCCGCCUUCAUCGAGACCUACCGUCAGCACAUCGCCAUUCUCUUCAUCUUUUGCGCCAUCAAUCUGAUCGUGUUUUUGGAACGAUUCUGGCAUUAUCGCUAUGAGACUGAACACCGUGAUUUACGUCGAGUGAUGGGUGCAGGUAUUGCGAUCACUCGUGGGGCUGCUGGAGCACUGUCAUUUUGUAUGGCGGUAGUACUGCUGACUGUUUGCCGUAACGUCAUUACCCUGCUCAGGGAAACACCUAUUGGAGAGUUCAUCCCAUUCGAUUCAGCUAUCACUUUCCACAAGAUCGUUGCUCUUUUCGCUGCAUUCUGGGCAGCCCUACACACGAUCGGUCACUGCGUGAACUUUUAUCACGUCGCCACUCAAAGUCAAGAAGGACUUCAUUGCCUAUUCCAAGAAGCGGUCUUUGGAUCAAACUUCCUUCCUUCGAUUAGUUACUGGUUUUAUGGAACGAUCACCGGGCUUACUGGUAUCCUACUUGUUGCUGUAAUGUCAAUCAUCUAUGUAUUCGCCCUACCGUGCUUCAUGAAGAGGGCAUAUCACGCAUUCCGCCUUACUCACCUACUGAAUGUCGCCUUCUAUGCACUGACCGUGUUGCAUGGACUACCGAAACUUCUUGAUUCGCCAAAGUUUUGGUACUACGCUAUUGGUCCAGUUAUAAUCUUUAUUAUUGAUCGGAUUAUGGGAAUGCGCCAGGAAUACAAGAAACUCAAAAUUCUCAAUGCUGAGCUAUUACCAUCUGAUAUCAUAUACCUACAAUUCAAACGACCUCUGUCAUUCUCUUUCCGUUCCGGUCAAUGGGUCCGUAUAUCUUCACCGGCUUUCUCAUGUGCAUUUAAUGAAUGCCAUGCAUUUUCACUUGCCUCUGCUCCUCAGUCGCCUACCCUUGAACUGUAUAUCAAGGCUGUCGGUCCGUGGACAUGGAAGUUGAGGUCAGAAAUCAUUCGAGCACAAGCUAGCGGUUCGCCUUAUCCGUACGUCCAUAUGAAUGGGCCAUACGGCGAUGGAAAUCAGGAGUGGACGAACUAUGAAGUAGCUAUACUGAUUGGAGGUGGAAUUGGCGUAACACCGUAUGCGUCCACAUUGACCGAUCUCGUACUGGAAACUACUUCUGGACGACACCAUAACGUCUAUUUCCUAUGGAUUUGCCCUACGCACAAGAACUAUGAGUGGUUUGUGGAUGUGCUGAAAGAUGUCGAGGAACUAGAUCAGAACCGAUUACUGGAGACUCACAUCUUCGUCACUCAGUUCUUCCACAAAUUCGAUCUAAGGACCACCAUGCUGUAUAUUUGCGAGAAACACUUCCGUGGUGAUCACCAGGGCAAAUCGAUGUUCACCGGCCUUCGAGCGCACAACCACUUUGGUCGUCCUAACUUCGACGCCUUCUUUUCUCAUAUUCAAGGAAUUCAUAGCGAGAUGUCCGACAUCGGGGUGUUCAGUUGUGGUCCGUCCCAGCUCAACGAACAAAUCAGUUCCGCUUGUGCUCGCGGCAAUCGAGCACGGGAUGCACCAUCAUUUAUACACAAAUUUGAAACUUUCUAA